GCUUAAUUAGCUUCCUGCUGAGUGUAGAGUACUUGCUUCAACAGACGAUAAGGGAACUCUCGGCCAGUGAUCUGGGCUGCGAAACGAAGCUUACUCUUUGAGCUAGGGGAUGUCGCCGCUGGCGCCGUCGUCGUCGCCGGAGCCGGAGCCGCCGUUCCAGCCGAGGGAGAAGAUCUUGGAGAAGCAGAGGUACUUCCAGAGCGUCCACAAGCCGACGUACCUCAAGGGCCGCUACGACGUGAUCACCUCCGUCGCCAUCCCGCUCGCCCUCGCCGUCUCCAGCAUGUACCUCGUCGGACGCGGGAUUUACAACAUGUCCCACGGCAUCGGGAAGAAGGAGUGAGCUCUCGUCAAUGGCGGUCGGCGUCGCCCUUCGUCUCUGGCUUGCUGGCUGGGAUCUGGUGUUGCUUGUGAAUUGUUUUCUCCUGUACAUAUGGUGUGGUAAUCGAGUAUGAUUUGAACAAUGCUCAGCAUGUCAGCCACUGGAGCCCGUGUGUCUGCGACAAAGGAGCCCGCAUUAUCGAUCGGAUUGUUAAGAAUCUAAAGCUGUCGGGCGAAUAAUCAAAGCU